AUGCGACUGAUUUUAGAUAAUGUAAAUGUUCUCCAUUUCCAUUUCCAUUCCUCUACCAGAUUUCCAUUGGAAAAAUAUCUUCAGUUACAGACUAUAAGGUAUGCAAUGAAUAAGAUCAACAGUAAUCCCAAUCUUCUCCCCAACAUCAGUUUGGGCUUUCAGAUUUAUGAUUCCUGCCGAGUGCUCCAGAAGGAACUUGAAUGUACGCUGUGGAUGAUAACUGGGCAGAACAAAGCUAUACCCAAUUUCCAGUGCCAAAAGGGAAAGCAAUUGGCAGCUGUAAUUGGCUAUACAACAUCUACAUUCUCAAUACUCAUGGCUCAUAUUUUAAGGGUGAUCAAGUACCCACAAGUCAGCCAUGUUUCAACUAGUUCCAUUCUAAGCGACAAAACUCAGUUCCCUUUCUUUCUCCGCACUGCUCCGAGUGAUGUUUUCCAGUCCAAAGGACUGGCCCAGUUGGUGUCACAUUUUAACUGGACUUGGGUGGGUAUGGUUGCUGAUUCCAAUGAUUAUGGAUACCAGGGCAUUCAGGGAGUUAAACAGGAAAUCCUUAAAUCUGGAGCUUGUGUGGAAUUCAUGGAGUAUAUCCAGAGUAAUCGCCCUGAUCGAAACAUUCCACGCAUCAUCCGAGCAAUCAAGAUGUCUAGAGCCAAAGUUAUGAUUGUCUUUGCAAGUGAUGUUGAUCUGUUUGCUCUAUUUGGCCAACUUCUAAGUGAAAAUAUAACUCAGAAGAUCUGGGUUGCCAGUGAAGGCUGGGCAACUUCCUCCUUGUUAUCUUCUGAAAAAUAUCUAAAGCUUCUUAUUGGAACCGUGGGCUUUGCAUAUUAUAGUGAAUAUUUUCCAGGGUUCCAUGAAUUUAUUGACAAUUUUAAAUUUUCGAAGCUCUCAGCGGAGUUGUGGGACUUCAUGUUUUGGGAGGACAAUCUUGGGUGUGCAUUAAUGGAUUUUCCAAGCAUGACCAUCGUCCACGAGAGGCCUUCAAGGAAUUGUACCAAGGAUAAUAGUAUGGAACACUUUAAGAUUUACUUGAACAAUGUCACCAGCACACGACUUCUGUAUAAUCUUUACAGUUCUAUAUAUGUCAUUGCCAAAGCCUUGCAUGACCUGAGCAUGUGCGUAGAUGGAAAAGGCCCUUUUACUAAUGGAGGCUGCUCAGACAUUUGGAAUUUGAAGCCAUGGCAAAAUAAAACAAUCACAGCAUUGGUGUUUCACCUUUGGCCAACGCUGAUGAACACAAGAACAGUGGACCCUCCUGGUCAAGGCACCCUGAUGCUAAUUACAGCCUAUUGCCUGGCCAACUUGUUCAGCAUCAAGAGCCCUGAACCUUAUUCCCAGGGGUUCUUUAAGCCAAGCUCUAAGGUGCUAACUAUUACCUGGCUGUUGAUCUUAGCAAGCUACAAAACCUGGACCAGACCUGCCAUACACCCUACAGCCUACAACCAGGUUUUGCACUACAUGAAGAAAGUCCGAGUGAAACUGAGCAGUGGAAGGGAUUUGUUCUUUGAUGAACAUGGAGAUCCUCCACCCAUGUAUGAUGUUGUCAACUGGCAUAUGGACCUUGGGGGAAACAUGAGACAGGUCAAGGUGGGGUACUAUAACAGUACAGCCCCUCAGGCGGAAGCCUUAAUGCUUAACACAAGUUCUAUACAAUGGAAAUUUGGUGAUAAAAAGGUUCCGAUAUCAGUAUGCAGCAACAGCUGUCCCGUGGGAUUCAGAAAAACAUCUAUCAGAGAAGAGCCAAGCUGUUGCUAUGAGUGUGCUCCCUGCUCACAAGAAGAGAUUUCCAAUGAUACUGAUUCUACAUAUUGCUUUCAGUGCCCAUGGAAUACAUGGCCAAGCGGGGAAAAAGACAGAUGUCUACCAAAACCAGUUGAAUAUCUUUCAUUUGAAGAAACAUUGGGUAUAACUUUGGCAUCCACCAGUGUUGCCUCCUCCUUUGUUCCUAUUGCUAUUUUAGGGCUUCUGAUUUGCUACAAGACCACUCCGAUAGUCCGCGCCAACAAUUACACCAUCAGUUGUCUUCUUUUGAUCUCCCUCUGUCUUUGUUUUCUCUGCUCCUUGGCAUUCAUUGGUUACCCUCAACCAGAGAAGUGUCUGCUACGUCAAGUGACUUUUGCCAUGGCCUUUGCUCUAUGCGUUUCAUGCAUCUUAGCCAAGACAAUCUUGGUGAUGGCCGCAUUUAGGGCCACUAAACCAAACAGCGACUUAAGGAGAUGGGCCAGUCCUCACACGUCAUACCUGGUCAUUGGUUUGGGCACAUUAAUUCAGUUCCUGAUCUGUGGCAUAUGGCUAAUUAUUUCUCCCCCCUUCCCCGACUACAAUGUACAUGCAAAAGCUGGAAUACUCAUUCUAGAAUGCAACGAGGGCUCACCCACAGCCUUUUGGCUUACAUUGGGUUAUCUCAGUUUCUUGGCUGUCCUGUGUUGUAUUGCUGCUUUCUUAGCAAGGCAACUUCCAGACAGCUUUAAUGAGGCCAAAUUCAUCACAUUCAGCAUGGUGGCCUUCCUCAGCGUCUGGUUGUGUUUUAUCCCAGCCUCACUCAGUACCAGUGGCAAAUACACUGUUGUGAUGGAGAUCUUUGCUGUCCUGUCCUCCAGUUGGUCCAUGCUCGGUUGCAUGUUUGCCCCUAAAUGUUACGUUGUUUUGUUUCACCCUAGCGUUAACUCAAGAAAACAUCUCCUUGGUAAGACAGUAGAG